UCGCAGACGAAGAAAGCCUCGAGGCAGUCGCCAAUGGCGGUACGAUGGACUAGUAUGUCAACUCGCGCCCCAACCAAGCAUCAACAGUACAAUCGGAGCUGACGUGCCCCGUUUCCUCCAGUGAGAAAUGGCCCAGCAUGGUCGAACCCCUGCUUGAACGAUUGGAAUAUAUCAUAUACAACGUCUUCCCAAUGCCUCGGAUCCCUCCCGACCUUCAACAGCAGUCUGCUAAUCCCAUCGUCCCCACAAUCACACCAUCUACAACCCUCCAGACCUCCACACAGCCUGAACCAUCAUCGCAGCAAUCCACCGCAACCGAGCGUAUCCCCGACUCCCAACCCCAGUCCUCGCAGGGCUCCUCUCUUCCCGAACCCCUUCAACAUCACCUAAACUCCAUCAAAUCCACCUUGCGAUCCCUCUUCGCUUCAAAACCACCACACACUAUCCAACGUCUCGCAGAACUCAUCGCUCGUCCUACAGCCCACUACCGCACCCUUCCCGCAUAUCUUCGCGCCGUCGACCGCGUCGUUUGCGUCACUAGCAGCGCGGAAAUCUUCCCUCUCCACUCGACACACCAUGGCGCUGCUCCCCAGCCCAACGGCGCGAUCAUCAACGGCGCCGAUACCGGCCUCCUAUUCCCGGACCAUACACUCGGCAGCGAUGAGUCUCUAGGUGGAGCACUUCUCACGCCGAUCCCGUGGUUGAGUAACGAUCCUUCGUCGCCGGAACAUGAGGGUGAAAGCGGUGCACUUAUGGGAGAUACUGGUUUCACUACCCAGGUAGUGGCGUCUACUGGCGCUGAGCAAGAACAUCAGCAGCUGGGGUCUGUUACUACUACCGAGACGGUGACGGUAGUGACGGCGGACACGAAUGGAAAUGAAGGAACGAGUGAAGCUCCGUCGGCUGAAACAUUGGAAGAUAUUCCGCAUGCCAGAGGCCCCUCUGUAGUCGGAGUGGAAGAUCUAGGCUUACAGGAUGGUAGGGGCGUGGAGAUGGACCUCUCGAGUGUCGCUGAGGAGGCGCCAGGACUGCAUACUGCGGGACAGGAGACUUCCCAGCCGCAGCAGCAGCAGCAGGAGCAAGAGCAAGGACAGCAGCAACAAGAACAGCAGCAGACCACUAGUCAAACCGGAGAAGAAGAUGCUAAGCCGACGGCAGAUGGAGACGGAGAUAUCUCUCUAGACGAUGUCAAAGCACCGGAGGAAAACGCUUCAGUAUCUGAGACGGCGGAUAAAGAGCAGCAGCAGCAGCAGCAGCAACAGCAGGCGUAGCUUUUGGGACGUCGUAUGAUAUGAUAUUCAUAUUCUAUUAGCGUGUCGUGCGUUGUCUUGUCGCGCAUUACAUUCCUUUUUUUGGGACUCUGCCUGCUAGCUAGCUUACAUUGUUAAAUCAUGAUUGAUGACUUGACUUUGACUGUAGUUGUCAUGAACCAUGCUUCUCAAUCAGUUACUACUACUGACAGUCAGUAUGCUUGCAUAACUACUAAAGUGCGAAUGUAAUAUUCAUAUCCAAACUUGA